AUGUCUUUUCGACUUGAUACGGACGAAACUGACUACAACAAUGUAAUCGCCAAGUCAUUCUUUGCGUCUCGACCCUGGUGGUAUGAUGAGCCUGUCAUCAACUCCUGGGCCACGGACCAAUCUGUCCACAAGGUUUUACAUCAUGUCAACAACCUCUACCAGCAGUGGCGACGGCAACCUGAGGGGCCCUUUUCUCCUUUUUCAGAUUCCCUGUGGGCAGAAACUGCAAAUGUGCAAAGGGAUGCCGGACUCCCAUGGCACAACAACAAUCUGAACUUGCCCGAGGAAAUUGAUAAAAGCUGGCCUUUUCACUUCAAAGAGUUUGAGCGACAUGUUGUGCUUGCCAAAGGCGCGCGUGUUGACGAUUUCGAUGCCGCUGGAUACAUCUGCAACUCGAUAGAGGCAAACCAGUAUGGGAUUCGUGCUAUUCAGCAAGAGCUCAGACGUCAGAUGCCCAAUAGUCAGCCGCUGCUCGUAGCUGGAUGUAUCGAACUGUCUGUGUCAGAGUCGGCUUCACAUCUGUUUGGAUUGGAGCUACUUCAACUGGACCGCCCAUGGAAGCAUGCCCGAGGCCUUCUGGAGGAACGAAGCAGGCCCAAUCGUCCUAUGAUUGUGAUUGCAAGCCUGGGAAAUGGGCAUGGGGAAAUGGACGACUUCGAAGCCAUUAGCGAACUUGCUAAGCAGUUACCCAUCUACCUCCAUGUCGAUGCAUCGCGUACUUUCGACUAUCUCACGACUAUGUCCACCGCAGACCGGAAACGUCUCGCAUUGCCGCGUCUCGUUCUUCAACAUCCUUUCGAGGAUGUCAAAUCUUAUGAUGAUGCGGAACCUACAAUAGUUGCAGCCACAAUUGUCGGUGCAGGAACGAAUAGUAUAUCACCGCCCCCUGCAGUGGUCCUCAAACCACGAACGCUUGGUACUCCUUCCGAGAUGACGGUGGACUCCGCUUUGGAUCGACUGGUAUUCGCGAAGUGUAUCGUCGUUGCAUGUCAAACAGGGAGAUGCUCCAGGAAGUCCUUCAACACUGUGAAAUCAAGGCUGAUGCACCGUCUGGUUCGCUCGAUCUGA